GAGGCAAGAGGGAAGGUCACAGUGGGUGAGGACCCGGAGGGAAGAGACAAAUGCGGUGGGUAGAGCUGGGGGCAGGGCUGGCAUCACCUUCACCAGUCUGGGUGAUGCUCUUACCAGACUUUUUCAUGAGCUGCGAAGGGCCACAGCCGACUUCAUCGUUCUCCACCUCUCUGCUCACGCACACCUCACUCUAACACAUCUUCAGCUGUCAUUUCCUGAGUGUCUCCUGGGUCCCAGGCAUGCUGCUGGGUGCUGCAGAUUGAAACGCACAAACUUGAACCUGACUCCAAGGAGGUACCUUUUCUGCUUUCAAUGGGGAUUUCACACUCAACGUAACUUGUAGGGUUUUUGUAAACACCAAGGGAAUCUGUAAUACUGUCAACAAUAAGAAAUACAUUUAAAAAAUCCAAGGGAGAUUUUAGUUAUGAAAAUGCUUUGAGUGGGUGGAGUCUCUGACCCAACAUGAUUGCCCUCUGGCUCAAUGGGAUGUGUGACGGGUCACUAGUGUCCUCACCACCGAGAGGAAGUGAACUCAGUGCACAGCACCUGCUGGACCGCAUGGAGGGUCUGAGGUCGGAGCAGCGCUCAAGUUGUAAAUACAUGAGAAGCGGGCUGGUCCUCCUGCUGCAGCUGGGUCUGCUCCUUGUGCUGACAGCCGAGAUAGGUUCUGCCUAUCACCUGACAUGCUACUUCACCAACUGGGCCCAGUACCGGCCAGGCCUGGGCCGCUUCAAGCCCGAUGACAUCGACCCCUGCCUCUGCACUCACCUGAUCUACGCCUUCGCCGGGAUGCGCAACAACGAGAUCACCACCAUCGAAUGGAAUGACGUGACCCUCUACCAGGCUUUCAAUGGCCUGAAAAACAAAAACAGUCAACUGAAAACUCUCCUGGCCAUUGGCGGCUGGAACUUUGGGACUGCCCCUUUCACUGCCAUGGUGUCCACUCCUGAGAACCGCCAGACUUUCAUUGCCUCGGUCAUCAAAUUCCUGCGCCAGUAUGGCUUUGACGGACUGGACUUUGACUGGGAGUAUCCUGGCUCGCGGGGGAGCCCGCCUCAGGACAAGCACCUCUUCACUGUCCUGGUGCAGGAAAUGCGUGAAGCUUUUGAGCAGGAGGCCAAGCAGGUCAACAAGCCCAGGCUGAUGGUCACUGCCGCAGUCGCUGGUGGCAUCUCCAACAUCCAGGCUGGCUAUGAGAUCCCCCAGCUGUCCCAGUACCUGGACUACAUCCAUGUCAUGACCUAUGACCUCCAUGGUUCCUGGGAGGGCUACACUGGAGAGAACAGCCCCCUCUACAAAUACCCGGCCGACACUGGCAGCAAUGCCUACCUCAAUGUGGAUUACAUCAUGAACUACUGGAAGGACAACGGGGCCCCAGCUGAGAAGCUCAUCGUUGGAUUCCCAUCCUAUGGACACACCUUCAUCCUGAGCAACCCCUCCAACCAUGGGAUCGGGGCUCCGAUCACUGGCCCUGACCCUGCUGGGCCCUACACCAGGCAGUCUGGGUUCUGGGCCUACUAUGAGAUCUGUCCCUUCCUGAAGAAUGGCGCCACUGAAGUGUGGGAGGCUGCUGAGGAUGUCCCCUACGCUUACAAAGGCAAUGAGUGGCUUGGCUAUGACAACACCAAGAGCUUCAAAAUCAAGGCUGACUGGCUGAAGAAGAACAGCUUUGGAGGCGCCAUGGUCUGGGCCAUCGAUCUGGAUGACUUCACGGGCACUUUCUGCAACCAGGGCAAAUUCCCCCUGACCACCACCCUGAAGGACGCCCUGGGCCUGCAGAGCGAAAGUUGCAAAGCCCCAGCCCAGCCCAUUGCUCCCAUCACCGAGGCUCCCAGUACAGGUGGAGGCAGCGGCAGUGGCAGCGGCAGCGGCAGCGGCAGUGGCAGCUCGGGAAGCAGCCCCGGUGGCAGUGGAUUCUGUGCCAACAGGGCCAGUGGCCUGUACCCCGACCCCACUGACAAAAACGCCUUCUACAACUGCGUGAACGGACACACCUUCAUUCAGCACUGCCAGUCCGGCCUGGUCUUUGAUGCCGCCUGCUCCUGCUGCAACUGGUGAUGUCUUUGCCAGACACCACGUCCCUCAUUCCAGCUCAGAAAUU